UGUAAACAGGCAAUAUGGCGGCGGCGACAGCAGCGAGGACGGCUCUCGGCCUCCUUCAGCGUCGACGGGGUCUGGCUACGGGGGCGGCCGCCGCCACGGCCUCUAUUUCCUCCUCCACCGCUCUGGGCCGCUUGAACCUGCGCGGUUUAGCGCACGGGCACUGCUUGGCCCUGUCCUCUGCCGCGAGAGGUUACAGCUCUGAGGCGAAAGGAGGGGAGGAGGAGUUGCGGGUUCGGUACUUGGACGACGAGCAUAAAGGAAUUGUUGUACUUGGAAUAAACAGAUCACAUGCAAAAAAUGCACUUAAUAAAAAUCUUGUAAAAAUGAUAACAAAAGUUAUGGAAGCUUUGAAAACAGACAAAAAAGUACGGACUGUUAUAUUCCGAAGUGAAGUUCCUGGAAUAUUUUGUGCUGGUGCUGAUCUGAAAGAAAGAGCCAAAAUGCACUCAAGUGAAGUAAGCUCUUUUGUCUCAAAAGCAAGAGCAACGAUUAAUGAAUUGGCUAAUCUUCCGGUGCCAACUAUUGCUGCAAUAGAUGGUAUUGCAUUAGGUGGUGGCCUAGAAUUGGCUUUAGCCUGUGACAUAAGAGUGGCAGCCACUUCUGCAAAAAUGGGUCUAGUUGAAACAAAGUUAGCUAUCAUUCCUGGUGCAGGAGGAACACAAAGGCUACCUCGUACAAUUGGAGUGUCUCUAGCAAAAGAACUAAUAUUUUCUGCACGUGUACUUGACGGUGAAGAAGCAAAAUCAAUAGGAUUGAUUAGUCACGUGGUGGAACAAAAUGAAGCAGGGGAUGCUGCCUAUAGAAGAGCUUUAGCCCUGGCAAGAGAAUUUUUACCUCAGGGUCCAGUAGCAAUGAGAGUUGCAAAAUUGGCCAUCAAUCAAGGAAUGGAAGUGGAUCUGCUAACAGGUUUAGCCAUUGAAGAAGCAUGUUAUGCUCAGACUAUUCCAACAAAAGACAGAAUUGAAGGUCUUCUUGCUUUUAAAGAAAAAAGACCCCCACGCUACAAGGGAGAAUAAAAAAAAAUGGAUGCCUUUUAAAAUACAAAUGAAAUAAUCACACUGCUAGAAGGACUUUUCAGCUGUGCUUUUUGCCUCAGAACAUGGAAUAUUGCAACCAUGAAAGUAAAGUAAUUGUAACCUCUCAUACUUUGGUAUCUAUAAUGCACUCAAAUGUGUAUAUAGGCUUAUGGUUCCUGAGGGCUUCUCAGUGUAUUUGCAAGGUCAUUGAGUUGCAUAGCACCUUAUUCCAUAUCUUAUCAGUUAAAAAUAAAAAAUCCAAAUGUAGACAAACUUAAAAUAAUCAUUAAAUGUAUAAGCGUUCUGUUGUCGGAACAAAAUAAUUUAAUUAUGCAUAACAAAAACUGUGAAAUGUACUGCAUAAGUUUGCUAAAUAAAUCUGUAAAUCAAAAAGA